ACUGUUGUGGAAGAGAAUGGUUCAGAUAAGAGCGAUAAUAAAUCAUAUGAUGUUAUCGUAGAAGAGAGUGAUUCAGAUGAUGGACAAUCGGUGCGAAUAGACGUGCGAUAUUGGUACAGAAAUGACACUGAUGUGGAAGAUAAUUCCCAGGAAAACGAGGAUAUAUCAGAUGAUGUCAACGUAGAAGUGAGUGAUACAAAUUACUGGCAAUCGCGGCAACUAGACGAUGCCAGUCAUGAAGAGGGCGAUUUAGGGGAGAGAGAAAUAACACAUGCCGACGAGCGCAAGUAA